AUCAGUGAUCGGAUGUUUCGUAAGAAGGCGCCGCGACGCAACUGAAGCGUCGUUUCUGAGGUGGUUAGGCUAUAUGCGCGCUUUUAGUGCGGGGGCGAUAUUAUACAGGCGGUAUAAGAGUUUUUGAAGUGUUGCUGAUUCGUUGUUGAGAAUGUUUGUAAACAAUCGUUUGUGAAAAAUUAUUGCUGACGUAGAAAACAAAUGACGCUGGUAGUAGGCCAUCACUUAUCAUGAAGUUGCCGGAAAGCGUGACCCCCAGCAAGAAGCGGAGGCCCAGCAAUGGAUAGAACAGGUGACUGGAAUGAGGUUCCCCCCAGGCGUCCCAUACGAAGAUGUCUUGCGUGACGGUGUCCUCCUGUGUACUCUGAUGAACCGUCUUGCUCCAGGAAUCAUCCCUAAGAUCAACACCUCUGGUGGGGACUACAAGAUGAUGGACAACCUUAGCCAAUUCCAGAAGGCCUGUACAAGAUACGGUGUACCAGACGUGGACCUCUUCCAAACUACUGACUUGUGGGACAAAAAGAACAUCGCCCUGGUAACUCAGACCAUAUUUGCCAUUGGCCGUACGGCUUACAAGCACCCAGAAUGGAGAGGACCCUGGUUGGGACCCAGACCAGCUGAAGAGAACAAGAGGGAAUUCAGUGAGCAACAAUUGAGGGCUGGAGAGGCUAUCAUUGGCCUACAGGCAGGCCAGAACAGAGGAGCAACACAGGCUGGACAGAACUUUGGAGCUUCCAGGAAAAUUAUCCUGGGAAAGUAGAGUUGAAGUGGGGAACGGGGUAUUUAUACUAUAUUUUUGAUGAGAAAUAUUUAUUUAUAUAACUUAUUUAUGAUUGUAGUGUAAGUAAAUGAUGGAAAGAGGAAUAAAUAUAACAGUACUCAUGCUUAGCUGCAUUUUUAGCUGUUUUAUUUCUAUAUGAACGAAGUGGUUGUACCAGCAAGUUAUCGUUGUAGUGUACACUGUAGGAAUCUGAGGCAAUUUUGCCCAGUACGCAAAAAAGCACACACAAUUAGUCAAAUAGAUUUAUUAGCGAAAAUAUAUAUAUAUACAUUUAAUACACGUCAAUUCAAUGUUAACAGUGCCGACUUAAACAUUCUAACGUUAAAAAACUUAAUAGCCAGAUAAUAAAAUAAAAUAUUUCUUCUCAAU